GUAACCCUGUGAAUAUUGCUUUUUCGGCCGCUUUAUCACAAAGUGAAGUUGACCUUAGACAAGGCGAUACGAUUAUUUUCGACAAAGUGUUUGCAAACAUAGGUAGUGCUUACAAUUCCAACACCGGUGUAAUCACUGCUCCCACCAAAGGCGCAUACUUGGUGUCACUAGCCAUGUCAAUCGAGAAUGGACAGAAAUUUUAUUUAGUACUGACGAAAGAAGGCGUGCAUUUAUUCGAUAUUUAUGCUGACAGUACUACUAAUAACGAAUUCACGUCUACAACCAAAGAAUGGAUUAUCGCUUUAAACCAAGGGGAUAGAGUCUGGGUUCGCAGUGGAACAAAUGGCCAGCUUCAUGGAAAUUUACAUUCAAUGAUUACUGGUUUUCUUUUGUUUGAGACCAACUAUAUAAAUUAA